AUGACACACAAACCGCGAUUGGUCAUCCCGAGAGCGCAGCAGGAUGCCCUCAGGACGCUGAAGGCGGACAAGAGUAUCGUGAUCCUACCGGCAGACAAAGGGCGAUCGACAGUUAUACUUGACAAGACCGAGUACCUCCAGAAAGCCAAUGCCUUGCUUGAGGACAAGCAAGCGUACGUCAAAUGUGAUGGGGACCCGAUGAAGAAACUGGUGACGCAAAUAAACACGACGCUCACCAUGCUACAAAAUAAUGGCGCAAUGAGCAGGGCAGAACGACUGGCCACCAAACCGACCGAUGCUGCCAUGGCAAGGUUCUGUGGGCUGCCCAAAAUACACAAAGCUGGUGCCCCACUCCGUCCCAUCGUGUCUUUGCGCGGGACACCCACAUUCAACCUGGCCAAAUGGAUGUUCCGACGCCUGAACUGCCUCACCUCGGGCUCCGACACGACAGUCCGUUCAUCCGUCCACUUCCUGGAAAGACUGAAAGGGCUGCAAAUUGACACAGACGAGGUCAUGGUGUCGUUCGAUAUAACCUCGCUUUUCACCUCGAUCCCGAAGGAUUUGGCAAUUGAAACUGUCAGCGACCUCCUCGACGACCAAUACACGGAGGCAAACAAUACCCCGAAGCGGGGACACCUUGUCCAACUGCUUAAAUACUGCCUCCAAACAUUCUUCACAUUUGAAGGGACGGUAUACGAGCAAAUCAAAGGUACGCCGAUGGGCUCACCACUAUCCGGUUUUAUCGCUGAAGCUGUUCUUCAAAGGUUAGAGACGUCGGUGUUCGCAACAUACAAACCAAAGUUUUGGGCGCGGUAUGUGGACGACACUUUCGUCGUUAUCAAACGGGAAAUGGCACUGAAUUUUCACGCGCUACUGAACUCUGUUCUUCCCGAUAUUCAAUUCACCAUGGAGACAGAGAACAACAAUCAGAUCGCCUUUCUAGACGUUCUGGUCCAUCGCAAGGUCAACGGGAGCCUGAAAACGACGGUCUACAGAAAGGCCACUAACACGCGCCAGGUCCUGUCCUACCACAGCAAUCAUCCGCUGUGUCACAAACGAAGCUGUGUUCGAUCUCUUUACAAGAGAGUUGACACUCACUGCAGCGAACCGGCCGACAAGAUAGCCGAAUUUCACUAUCUACGGCGGAUGUUCACCUCCAACGGUUACCCCCGCAGCUUUAUUGAACGCAGUAGACUGUCCAGAACAACCAUGAAGUCAACGGCAAAUCAGCCGAAAGUCUGGCGAGCGCUGCCAUACAUUGCGAAUGUUUCCGAGGCAGUUGCUCGUAUUUUGCAACCAUUGGGUAUCGGCAUCGCCCAUAAACCCGAAGCGACAAUUACACGUCUGGUCAUGAGACCAAAAACGCCCCUGCCACGAGGCGAAACCGCCAAUGUUGUCUAUCGGAUCCCAUGUACCUCCUGCGAAGCCAACUACGUUGGGGAAACUGGGAAGAGAUUGCAGACCCGCAUGGACGAGCAUGCAAGAGCGGUGAGAAGAAUGGAUCAGCUCUCGCUGAUGGCGGAACAUUGCGCGGCUUUCGACCAUGCCUUCGCCUUCCAAGACGCCAAAGUCUUGGGCCAAGGGAGCGAUCAAACGGUCAGGGAGACGCGCGAAGCCUGGCACACCACAACUACCUCGAUUAACCGCUGCGUAACUUUGCCGGCCGCCUAUCAAGCCUUACGGGCGAAAUUCAAUAAGCAGGGCCACCGACGAGGCGUCAGGCCAGAGACGGCAGCAGUCGAACCCAAACCCAGCGGGAACACAGACGGCAUAGACAGGAAUCGGGAACCGACGAAACCAGGGGACAACCGGCGACGAACACAAACCUAG